GAGAAGAGAGAGAGAAUGGCGACCACCCCAAGCCCUGCCUCAAACCCUAUCUCCAAACCUACAGUGCACCUUCAAGACAUGGAGGAGCUCAAGCGAGUUUUUAACCGCUUCGACACCAACGGCGACGGCCGGAUCUCCGUUUCCGAGCUUGACAACGUUCUCAAAUCCCUGGGCUCAAGCGUUUCCCAAUCGCAGCUCGAACUUGUCAUGCAGGAUCUCGACAAGGACAACGACGGCUUCAUCAACCUGUCCGAGUUCGCCGAUUUCUGCCGCUCCAACGCUGCCGACGGCGACUCAGCGGAGCUCCGAGACGCCUUUGACCUGUACGAUCAGAACAAGAAUGGCCUCAUCUCAGCCUCCGAGCUCCACCAAGUGUUGAAUCGCUUGGGAUUGAAGUGCUCCGUGGAGGAAUGCAAGAACAUGAUCAAAUCCGUUGAUGCCGACGGCGACGGCUGCGUCAAUUUCGAGGAGUUCAAGAAGAUGAUGACCAAUAAUCCGCUGGGUGCCUCUACGAAUAUGUAGAGCAAACAGUACUAUUUCUAACUCUUUUCUCUACCAAAUUCUCAGGCUGCUUCCGUUUAUCGUAGGAUUUCUAUUGCUCCAUCCUUUUGCCCCUUGGUAUGAUAAUAAUCUUCUGGUCGUGUGCCUGAUUAAAAAACUCUUGAUAUUCUUCUUUUGACCAAAUUAGAAAGUCUCAUAUCAGACGAAAGGAAGACGACAAUGUAAAAACUUCCUAUGGUUUUUAGUUUGCCAUUUUUGUCGUUUCGUAACCGCAACUUCUUUGGUUGUGAAUUGGUUGAGAAUUUUCUUCCCCUUUUCACCUUUUGCUUUUUGUGAUGCCUGAAAUAGUCAGGAAUGACCAAUUUCCUGGAAGAAUUUAUGAAUAGUACUUGCGUAAUUCUUGCA